AAUUUUCACAUUUCAAUGUCGCCCUUUAAUCUCCAUAAUAAUUCUCUCAAAGCUUCGCUCUUUAACUUCUUUUCUUCACGAAUCUUUUCUUUACAUAUUACGAUGAAGACAUACAGACCAAAUGGCCGACGUUUCAUCAUUUCCUCAUUUUUCUUCAUUAUUUUCCUUUGCAUUCUAGCUUCAAUCAAUGAAAUCCGAUUUGAUAGUUUUUUGAAGUUUGGUAGAUGUGCUUUUGCUAAUCAAACAACAAUUACUAAUUCUUCUUCAACAAACUUUCUAAGUGUAAAUUCCUCUUCCUUGUCCACCAAUAACGAAAUCCGAAUUCUCAUAGGAAUCUUGACACUUCCCGAUCAAUACCAAAAGAGACACUUCUUGCGGCUAAUCUAUGGCACACAAUCUCCAAUAAUGGGUGCAAAAAUAGACGUCAAGUUUGUAUUUUGCAAUCUAACAAAAGAAGAUCAAAAGGUAUUGGUUGCACUUGAAAUAAUGCGUUACGACGAUAUCAUCAUCCUCAACUGUCAAGAAAAUAUGAACAAGGGUAAGACAUAUACCUAUUUUUCGAGCUUGCCAGAAAUUUUUUCAUCUUCUGAUGAUCAGCCUUAUUAUCCACCUUACCACUACAUUAUGAAAGCGGAUGAUGACACAUACAUAAGGCUUGAGAGUUUAGUUGAAUCCUUAAGGCCAUUGCCUAGGGAAGAUUUGUACUAUGGUUAUGUUAUUCCAUGUCCUAGCAUGGACCCUUUCGUGCACUACAUGUCGGGCAUGGGUUAUUUGGUGAGUUGGGAUAUAGCAGAAUGGAUAAGUGAUUCUGAUAUUCCUAAAAAACAUUUAGAAGGACCAGAAGAUAAGGUAUUUGGAGAGUGGCUACGAGAUGGUCAUCGAGCAAGACAUCGAUACAAUGCCAAAUGGUCUAUGUACAAUUUGCCAGAACCACCAACAGGAUGCACACAUGAGCUGUGGCCAAACACCAUAGCAGUUCAUCUUCUCAAGAACCAAGAGAAGUGGAUUAAGACUCUCAAUUAUUUCAAUGUCACUAGGGAUCUUAAACCAUCUAAGUUGUAUCAUAUACCUUAGCCAAACACACAUCCUUUCCGAUCCUCCUUUUUUCCUAGGUCAAUAUUUCUCUUUUCUUUUAUUGGAUAAUUUUAUCCAGGCUAUAUAUAGAAUUAUAGCAAGCUGGAAAGAGAAUAAGAACAAUUUUUUUCUUCAAUUGGGCAGGGAACAAUUUAUCAUCUUUUAAUUGUCUUUGUUGGAAUACAAUUGAUG